AUGUAUGAUAUAUACACAUGCACGAACAAAUGGGAGGCAUAUUUAGGUCUUCUUCAAGCAGAGUACACAGAAGGCGAUGCUCUUGAUGCUCUGGGUUUGAAGAGGUACUGCUGUCGCCGAAUGCUUCUGGCUCACGUGGAUCUCAUUGAGAAGUUGUUGAAUUAUGCACCGCUGGAGAAGUGAGGAGCUUUCUGUGCAACUGAAGAUGUAAAUCCCCCUCGGCUUUUCCUCUCCUAUAUUUUCAAAGACUUGAUCCUAACGGAAGACAUAAAGGCACAGGCUUCGACUCGGACAUGGCUGGUUCAGUAGACUAUAUCUGAAGUAAACCUGUGAUGUUGAGUUUUUGUUUAUUUGCAUUUUGUAAAAUAAAGAUUGAAAUGUAUUACUU